AGCAAUGGCCUCUUUCUUUACUCCUUCGAGCCAUAAAUGGUCGAUAAAAAUAAAACAAUACGUUGAAAGAGUGAAGAAUGGAGCAAAUGUCGAAGAACAAUUCAACGCUUUUUCGGAUGAAAUAAAUCAAGAAUGGAUUGAAAAAGCAAAAGAGUACGCAAGAAAACAAGAAGAAAUAAGAGCAAGAGAUAGAGAAGAUUCUCAACAAAAAAUUUCCAAAUUGGAAAAAGCACUUUCACACAUGCAACAUCAAAAUCGACUAAUGAAAGCAGGCUUUAGAACAUUGUUACUACAGAUUCAAAAUAUGCACAAAGAACAUCAAAAAUAUGCAGCCCUGCACGGGGAGAAGUUGAUCGAUUCAUGUGGCCGUUAUUGUUCCUUGUUGAAUGAUCUUUUGGAUCGUCACGAAGAUGUUGAAAUGUUUGACGGAUCAGAUGAAAGUGUCAAAUUGGAAGUAUUAACAAUUCUCAGGAACAAGAGUGUGGAGUUGGCAAAAUUCCAAAACGAAGAAAUGACUGAAUUCAAUACCGAGUUCAUCAGUAACCUCCCAAAUCAAUCAGUCUGCCAAAAUUUGGAUUAUAUCAAAACUGAAAUUGGCAAAUUGAAUCAAAUUCUUCACGAAAUCAAUUCAAAAAUCAUCUUCCUGACUCCAGAAUAUUGGGACAAAACAGUUACUACUGAAAUAAGAAAUUUAAAAGCAGAAUUGGGAGAAACCACUGCAAACGUUUUGCAAUUAUUGGAGAGCGCUGAAGAAAAUCACAUGAUUGAAAUUCAGAAAAAACUUUCUUCAAGUCAGCUAGCCAUUGCUAAGUGAAUGAAAAUACGACAAAGAAUUAUUCAGAUAACUGAUGCAAACUUUUUAAAUUACUUUUAUUACCCCUACUGUAUUAUAUUUUUCAACCAAAUAAAAAGAUAUACAAUUGUUA